CCUCAGUCAUCUUUUCUCCUCGUUCUCUGCGGACUUCGCAUAGCAAACAUGAAGCUGUCAGGACUGUUGGCUGUGCUUUUACUCCUCUGUACUGUCCGGAUAAGCUCCGGAGGGUCUCACCCUAAACCGGCCUGCCGGUAUCCGCCGUCUCAGUGGUGUCGGUCCCUGGAGAUAGCAAUAGCGUGUAACGUUCAGAAGCAGUGUAUGGAGCUGAAUGCUACCAGACCAAACCUGGCUGUUCCUCCAGUAUCUGUCACUCUGUACUAUGAGAGUUUGUGUCCGGCCUGCAGAGUCUUCAUCACCCAGCAGCUCUUCCCCACCUGGACGAUUCUGCACGACAUCAUGACUGUCACGCUGGUCCCCUACGGGAAUGCCAAGGAGCUUCCAUCAGAAAAUUCUCCCUUCACCUGUCAGCAUGGAGAGCCUGAAUGCAGAGCAAACAUGAUUGAGGCGUGUAUCAUCCAUUUAUCGAGACACUCAGCAUUUCGGAUCAUCUCCUGCAUGGAGUCGUCUGCAGAUGUCCUCAGGGCUGCCCAGUCUUGUCUCCAGCUGUACGCUCCCUCAGUCUCCUGGUCGAGUGUCUCCUCCUGUGUGACGGGAGGUCUGGGACGCCAGCUGAUGCACGUCAACGCUGUUAUGACCAGAGGGUUAAACCCCGCCCACACACACGUUCCCUGGGUCACCUUCAACGGGGAAUACACAGAAGAGAACGAGGACAAGGCGAUGUCGUCCCUCUUCCACUUGGUUUGCCAACUCUACAAGGGCGUGAAGCCUCCAGCCUGCUCUGGAGCCCCGGUCAGACUGAACAGAGGAUUCUGCUGAACACCACAGCAAAUCAUAACCUGCAUAAUGUACCAGAUAAUGCCAUCAAAAUCAUGUUUAGUUCUUGGUUGUAGUUGAUAACGAUGUGGAUGUGAGAUCAUACCCUUUUUUUUUUUUUUUUUUUGAAAGUGGAAUAAAUGUCUUUGGUCUUAGA